UGAAAUAGAAGAAUAUAAUUUUGAAAUUUUGUAAAUUUAGUAAUGGUGUAUUAAUUUUUGGUAGUGGUGCCGGUCAUGAGAUGAGUGGGGCUUGACGUGGCCAUGGAAUCCCCCUUUGCAGUAUCAACUCCCAUACUCCAACUUGGGCUUCAUCGGUCAGACCCCCAUGUGGGUCCCAUUCUCAUAUGUUCGGGGUCCAUCCCCGGCUCACCACAUCCUCGUGGUAUCGGCAAUGUACUGAACCCAUCACGUUACACAGAGCAUGUAAACUAUAGUCCUUACUAUGAACUAGUAUCUCAGCAAGUCGGUACUUCUAUUGUCCGUGCUGAAAUCGAGUCAUGGUUGAUCCUUGCCGGUUCUUGACAGGUAAACAGCCAGAGCACGAGGCUGAACCAGAAUUGAGCUGAUGCUGGACAAGAAAAUGGAACACGCGAUCUGUGGCGGGACCUUCAGUGACCUCUUUCAACCUUACUGGGCACCUCAGAACGUUGCUGUUGAUGAUGAUGCAGACCAGACGAAGCUCUCCCUCGACGCCUCUUCCGGUUGCGGGUUCGAGUCGAAGAAGAAGUACUUGUUUGGGCUGGCAAGCAUGCAGAUCAAACUGGUGGAAGGUGACUCGGCCGGGACGGUGACAGCAUUCUAUAUGUCAUCAGACGGGCCUAACCACGACGAGCUCGAUUUCGAGUUUCUCGGGAACGUGUCAGGAGAGCCAUACCUCGUUCAGACGAAUGUCUAUGUCAAUGGGACCGGGAACAGAGAGCAGAGGCACACACUUUGGUUUGAUCCCACGCAGGAUUUCCAUACCUACUCCUUGUUCUGGAACCGCCGCUGUGUCUUGUUUCUUGUGGACGGAAUCCCAAUCCGAGCGUUUGUGAGCAAAGAGGUGAGCGGGAUACCGUACCCGAGAUCUCAGCCGAUGGGAGUCCGAGCGUCGGUUUGGAACGCGGACGACUGGGCCACACAGGGCGGGAGGGUCAAGACAGAUUGGAGUCAUGCCCCGUUUGUUUCCACGUUCAGGUCGUUCCAGAUUGAUGCUUGUGACCUACUUGAGGACGGCAGCGGCACCGAAGUCGUGACGCGGUGCACCGAGUCAGGGCAGUUCUGGUGGGACAAGCCAGAGUUUGAUGGGCUGGACCGGCACAGGAACCGUCAGCUCAGGAGGGUUCAGAGGAAGCACCUUGUGUACGACUAUUGCCGGGACAAACUCCGGUUCUCCGAUCAGCUGCCCAGGGAAUGCGUUGCGUAGCUCAGCUAGCUCUUAAGCUUGGUGCAUAAAAAUUGAGAAUCAACACGAUUUGUUGUACUCUCCCAUGCCUAUGAUUUCCAGAUUUCGGUUAUUUCA